AUUCGGGGAUUUGGGAGAAUGUUCCAUGAUGUUCCACAGCUUUAUCCCUCUCCCUGACCUGAAUCGAGCUGUAAUUCCUCUUGUAGAUGGUCCUGGAGAUGUUACCAUUGUUCGCAAUGAGCCACAGGGAGAGGUGAAGGAGGGAGACAAGGUUACCUUGACCUGUAACUCCAGGAGUAAUCCAGGAGCUCUCUACACCUGGUAUAAGGACAAUGUGAACACAGCAGCUAACAAGGGGACAGGGAACAUCCUGACCAUUCGCUCCAUUACCCCAACGGAAUCUGGAGAUUAUUACUGCAAAGCGGAAAAUGUUAUUGGAAGACAAACUUCAAAGAGCUUCAGGAUCGAGGUGCUCUAUGCCCCUCGGAACAUGAAGGUGUCGGUCUCUCCAUCGGACAGUGCGAUACACGAAGGUGACACUGUCACCCUGAGCUGCACCAGCGACAGCAACCCCCCAACCAGCUGGUACAAGUGGGAACGGAGACAGGGAGAGGAGACUGAGCCUCUGGAAUCAUCUGAGAGAGACCUGACCUUGUACAGAAUCACUCACAAACAGGAGGGUGUGUACUCCUGUGAGGCGGGAAACACGGUCGGUGUGAACAGGUCGGAGGGUCGCAGGAUAGAGGUUGUGAGUAAGUAAGCAGCCCU